AUGAACCCUCCUUCUACAAAGGUCUCCUGGGCCGCCGUGACGCUGCUGCUGUUGCUGCUGCUGCUGCCACCGCCCUCACUUCUGUCGCCCGGGGCAGCCGCGCAGCCCCUGCCCGACUGCUGCCGCCAGAAGACGUGCUCCUGCCGACUCUACGAGCUGCUGCACGGCACCGGCAAUCAUGCAGCUGGCAUCCUCACCCUGGGCAAGCGGCGACCAGGUCCUCCCGGCCUCCAGGGCCGGCUGCAGCGCCUCUUGCAAGCCAGCGGUAACCAUGCGGCCGGCAUUUUGACCAUGGGUCGCCGCGCAGGCGCAGAGCCAGCGCCACGACCCUGCUCCGGGCACCUUUGCCAGUCUGCAGCUACCUCGACUGUCGCGCCGUGGGGACGGUCCGGGGUCUGAGCCCUUGCUUGGGCCCUGUCCUGGCCCUGCCCUCGCCCCUCUGCUUGCCAGAUGUCAGCCCCGAGAAAAAAAGUUCAAUAAA